AUGACAGCCAGGAUGAGAGUCCUGCUCCUGAUGGCAGUGAGCCUCUCCACACCACGUCUCACCCACUGCUUCAUGCCACUUUUUGUUUUCAAUGGAAACUCUAGCACCCACCUUCACAUCACACAAACGGCUAUUCUGAUGAAGACGGCCGAGGUGUGCCGUGAUAUUGCUGCCUCUGAGGGACGGAACUUCAGUCUGACUAUAACAGAGAGCCUGUCACCUGACAGUGUGCAGAGAGCCUGCUCCUCCACCAGCUCCUCCUCGUCCCUAAUCUCUAGCUUUAUGUUCUACACUUCCAUCACCACUAUACACUUGAGCAAUGCACUAGUGGACGGUGUAUUGGUCAUGAGUGGGAAGCACCAUUUUGACGAUGAGAUGUUCAAAGAAGGACGUAACAUAAUCAGCUCAGGUGUGGCUGCUGUCAAGACCAGCGUGGAGAAGGAGAGCUUUGUUACAGGAAGAUUUAUUCUGGGACAAGUGUGUCACACCUUACAGGACUUCUACAGCUACAGUAACUGGGUGGAGUUGGGGAAAGAAGUUCCUCAUAGUGCUCUCAUCAGCCCAGACCAACCUCUAGAGAACCUGGCUGGCCCAACUGUUCCAACCUGUAGAAACUGUACAGGACAGAACUGUUCUGACAACCUCCUGCAGCAGGGUCUCCUCACUUCAGGCUACUUCAGUAUCCUUUCCUCAGCGAAGCCUCCAGGUAAAUGCAGUCAUGGAGGUUUUUGGGACCGAACCAGCAGGAACGACCCCGUGGGGGGCAUCAAUAAAGACAAAGUGGAGUCUAGCCAUGGCUCACUUCACCACAAAGCUGCUGAUUUGGCUGUGAAUGCCACAGUGGAGCUGCUGGAAGACAUCAGACUAGCGGUUGGAGACAAAAACUUCCUGCGAUUAAUGGGUCUCUCUCAGUCCCCUGCCCUGUGUUUUGUGAUUGGCACUGCAGACAGCAUGAAGGACGACAUUGCCGCAGCAAAGAAAGUUUCCUUUGACAUUAUUGACUCCAAGAGGGGAACAGAGGACGAGCCGUCUGCCUACAUAUUGGUACCUUUUAACGAUACCGAGUUUGGACCCCUGCUGAUGACGACGGAUGCAGACGUGUUUAAAGACCGCAUUAACAAACUCUAUGCAAAUGGAAAUGGUGACACACAAGACUUGUGCUUGUCUGGAUUGCAGCUCGCCCUGACCACGGCUCCACCUUACUCUGACAUCUUUGUCUUCACUGACACUCCAGCCAAGGACGCCCAUCUGAAAAAUAACAUACUUGCCCUCAUUGAAAGCUCUAAGUCAGCAGUAAGUGUUCUGUUUGGCCAUCAAUGCUAAAAACAAAUCCCAGUUAUUAUGAUUUUAUUAUAUA